AUGCAUUUUACAACGCUGUUGAGCUUAUUUGUUGUCCUCUGCUUGACCCUGGUUGCUGGUCAGGAACGUGACUGCGAUGAAUUGGCCCGCCGGUGUGAGUCCUGCGUGAGGCGUCUUAAUAACUCGAUUGAUCGGGAAUUGCCCCUUUUGAAUAAGGAAUGUAGGGAAAGGACUCAAAGGCGCUGGCGCUGGAGGGACAUUGGACGUUGUGAGCUCACCAAAUUGAACUGUUUGGGAUGGGAACGACGCAUGACCUGUGCCGACAUUGCUGAAUUGGCUGGCAUGGAGCGUAGAAGGGACUGA